AUGGCGGUUUUCAGCCUUGCAUAUUUCCCUAACCGAGCUGGCCUCUCAACACCACCUGCUCCUCCGGGAGGCCUCUUCUAUAUGCACACAGCCUUCUUGUCGUCCCUGGGUCAUCGCGGGUCCGCCGGGAGGCAACGGGCCUCCCGGAGGGGUCUCAUGGCCGCAUUGUUGCCGCCUUAUGGCUGCCUUAUGGCCUUUUUUGACAGCCUUGGUGCCGGUAGUGCCAGCGAUGUCAGAUUGAGGAGAGGUUUGAUUGGUGCCCUGAGCUUGUUGGGAGUUCUGAGGCUCUCAUAUGGUCGGACCUCCAACUACAACGUCGUUUCUAGCCGAUACAUUCCAGACCUCUUUAAGUUUUUGAAAUCUAUCUUUCAAACACUUCGAACGCUGGUCUAUGCGCAUGCAAUAGAACCACUACAACAUUAUUGCCAGCCGCAAUGCAUCAUCCGGGUCAGCUUCCGCGGAGGGAGUGGAUACUCCUGCUGUUCUCAGUCGAUCUCACCAAAUGGAUCUGCUGCCGUGGCAACGACGGAUAUCCCAUCUUCGAUGACUUGCCCCAUCUGCGGUAUCUACUUUACCGUCGGCGACUCUCGCUCGCCAUCUCGAGAGGGAAAGGCCACGUCGGAGCUUUUAAAGAUAUUCGCUCUGGGAAUUCGUCAUAGCUGUCUGCAAUACCGCCAUCAAGCCUGUCACAAGUGUAAAAUGCAGCAAGACACGAGAAAGUCCGACAGAAGUGUCACCAACCGCAACCCAUCGUCCUCAGCUCAUUUGCGCUCUAUCUACCGCUCCCCAACCUUCAGCGUGGGCAGCCUCACAUUCAGACGCCUAAACGAAUGA